AAAGGUGGACAAGCACAGGAAUUAUUUCGCCUAGAAAGAAAGUUCUGCAUUUUUCAUUGUUAGGGGGAGGAUAAAAAUUGCUUAAAAAGUGAAUAAAAUAGUUUCUAAUAUUUCUUUCUAUAGUAACAAAUAGUUUCUGCAAGUUUAAAACUGUUUAGAGUUUUGGAUCAGGAUAAAAAAUCAAAGUGAAAAAGUGUCGCGCCAUUUUCGCAGCAGCUCGAGAGUAUUAUUUUCGCAUUCUUGCUUUGUACGCAACAUAAAGUUACAACGGGACAGCCGAUAAAGUAUAAAACGUGCUGACCUCAACGUAUUCACUCGUGUGCAUUCCACCACUGUCGAGUUGUCCUUGAAUCACUGGAUCAGGAUGAAUGAAAAUCUAUCAAAAAUAUGUCGAAUAUGCCUAACGGAGGGCUCAAGAAAUAUAUUUCAGAAAACUGUACGCCACGAUGCGUUGUACAAUGUGUCUUCGCUGAAUCGAAUUAUGGAAAAAUUACGCUAUGUAACAUUGUUGAAGAUUGAUGAAAUGGAAAAUCUGCCACCGAUGAUAUGCGAUCUGUGCAUUGUGCAGCUGAAUGUGGCAUACAAUUUUAAGCGACAGGCAACCGAAUCGGACACCAAACUGCGCCAAUACUUGAUUGAGAAUGGAAUCGAUAUAAUGAAAGAUCCGCUUUCCAUCCUGCCGUCCAACCAACAAAAUUCAUCUUUGGUGCCUGUACGCCGCCGGAUCAAUUCCGUCUCGUCUUCGUCGGUGAUGGAAAGCACAUCUAACGGACAGUCACUUGUACGGUUGGUACCAUUUCGGAUCAAGGUGGAAAGUCCGGAAACGGUAGAACAGUCAUCUGAAGCAGAUGUCCUUUCCAAUUCACCAAUUUCACCGUUGAGCACGGCAACAGCCCCUGUUCAAGCUGCGGAAGAUGCAGCGACGGAUAUCGUUAAUGGUGCUCUAGAAAAAAAUCAACCGAAUUCGAUUGUUGUUGACUCAUCACCCACCUCUAGCAAGGGGAGCUUAGUUUCGAAUGGACGCGAUAGUACUAUGGUUGUCAUCGAUAGUCGAAACGUUAAUUUGCAAGGAGAUGAAGAUUACGUUCAGAAUAUUUUGGGAUCUAGUGGAAACACCAGCACUGAUACAGAUCAAACUUCAGAGGUCGUUCAUGUGCAAGCCGAGAGUCCUGCGAAAGUAGUUGAGAGUGUUAAACAGACAAAAAAGUCGUCACAUGAUAGGAAGAAAUUGAGUAGUCAUGAACGCUUGCAGCUUUUAUUGUCUUCCCUUUCCAUCGACAUGGUUAACGGCUCCAGUACUACGAAAUCUAAAUUAAGGAUUCAUGCACGAAAUAAAGAUGCACAAAAUCAAGGCAAGAAAAAGUCAAAGGACAUUUCAACGAAAAAAGUACACUUAAGGAUGACCAGACGACAUUCGCUUGAUAGCGUACAGCUGAGACGGGUACAGAAUCCGAAAAGAAAAAUAAGUCCUUCGAUGAAGGCCGAUCAAAGUCCGCAAAGAAAACGUCCCACUCGAGAAACAACUUCGACGUUGAUAAGUCCGCGCAAACUACGGACGUUGCGGGAAAAAUUCCGACAGGAACGUGAUCAGCUGAAACACUCAACCCCUAAUGGAGCUGGACAAAAGGAAUCGAAACGUCGACGAACUUUUGCGGAAAUGAUGUCCGGUUUGGGCGGUAAACUGGUCAGGGGUGAUAAAGCGCCGUGUUGUUAGGAAGUCAACAACGAGAUUAAGUAAAGAUGCUCUGUAAACAAGUUUUUUCGAUUGAACCAUUACUUUUCAUAGAAUUAGAUGUAGUUCAUUUGUUAGGACGUACCCAUAUCAACUUCUCGUUACGUUAUGUUCGCCAUUUUUUGGUAAAACCAAAUCUGGUUAACAUUUGGCAAUAACCCAUAACUUUGAUUGUAUUUAAGUUUAUGAUUGAAAUGAAAAAAUAGUAUACCUAGUUGUUAAGUUGGUGCCUUAAAACCGCAAAUUUGAAGAUUUUAGGAUUUCAGUAGAACGCAUACCUAGCACUUAAAAUUAGAAGUUUUGGAAAUUAGACGACCAACAAUCAUUGAUAUAUAUUCAAUAACAGCGUUAUUUAUUACAUUUAGUUCCUUAGUUUAUCGUUAGGUUAUGCGUAAUUUUUAAGAUACUUUUUGAAUAAUUAAUGCUGCUCCUCGUGUGUAGAAAGUUUAAAUGUUUUGAAAUA